CGCGCUCCCUCACUCUCUGCGUGAAACAAAGUGUAGUGUCCGCGAGAGCCCGUAGGAAGCGAAAAGAGAGUAACCGGAGAAAGGAGAGAAUGGGGCGGCUGAAUUCACCGCAACAGGAGGAAUAAUAACGUUCAAAAAGAAGACAAAACACAGAAGACGGAGGAGGAAGGCGCAGGGAAAAACUUUUGCGGGAGGAGAAAAACUGUUACGGACUCAACCAACGGCCACGUUUUAAAACAUGGAUACACUUUUCUCUGUUUUCCCAGGACUCCUGUUUCUCCUCUCGACCGUUGGAAACGUCUCCGGUCAGAUACCGACAGCUCAUAUGGGACGUGCUGAGAAGGGGAGCUGUACAUUCGAUGAAGGCUUCUCUCAGUGUGACUACCAGCAAGAUCCCUAUGAUGAAUUUGACUGGACGCACAUCAACACCCAGGAAGUGCCGUAUGUCUCACCAGAUCUGCCGCAAGGUUCCUACAUGUAUGUGGACGUCUCUCAGUACGAUGUUGGGGAGAAGGCCCGUUUUCAGCUGCCUGUCAUGAAGGAGAACGACACACACUGUAUCGACUUCAACUAUAUGCUGAGCAGCCCGGAUGGCUCAAGCCCUGGCACUCUCAAUAUCCUGGUCAAGGUAAACAAAGGUCCUUUGGCCAACCCUAUCUGGAAUGUGACCACCUACACAGGUAAAGACUGGCUGAAAGCAGAACUGGCUGUCUCCACCUUUUGGCCCAACGAAUAUCAGGUCAUAUUUGAAGCCGAGGUUUCGGACAGCAAAGCCGGCUUCAUCGCCAUUGACGACAUUCAGGUGCUCAGCUACCCGUGCGAUAAAUCUCCUCAUUUCCUGCGUCUUGGAGACGUGGAGGUCAACGCCGGGCAAAACGCCACCUUUCAGUGCAUAGCUACAGGACGAGACACGACAAACAAUAAACUCUGGCUACAGAGGAAAAAUGGAGAAGAUAUUCCUGUGGCUCUGACCAAAAACAUCAACCACAGACGGUUUGCAGCCUCCUUCCACCUCAAAGAAGUCACCAAUCAGGAUCAAGAUCUGUACCGAUGUGUUACCCAAUCAGAACGGGGCUCUGGUGUGUCCAACUUUGCAGGACUUAUUGUCAGAGAGCCUCCGCACCCCAUCGCCCCACCCCAGCUGCUCGGUGUCGGCCCUACGUAUCUGCUGAUUCAGCUGAACGCUAACUCUAUAUUUGGAGAUGGACCUAUUAUACUGAAGGAGGUUGAGUACCGUAUGACAUCAGGCAGCUGGACUGAGACUCAUGCUGUGAACUCUCCAAACUACAAGUUAUGGCAUCUCGACCCGGACACAGAGUACGAGAUCAGAGUGCUGCUGACCAGACCAGGAGAGGGAGGGACGGGGAAACCUGGACCGCCACUUAUUACCAGAACCAAAUGUGCAGAACCCAUGCGGACUCCAAAGAGGCUAAAGAUUGCUGAGACCAGGUCUCGCCUGAUCGCUGUGGACUGGGAGUCUUUGGGUUACAACAUCACUCGCUGCCACACCUUUAACGUCACAAUCUGCUACCAUUACACUACCGCCAACAAUCGCAGCAAAGCCGACUGCUUGGACAUGGACCCUAAAGCUCCACGUCACCUGGUGGGAAACUUGCCGCCGUACACCAACGUUAGUCUGAAGAUGAUUCUGACCAACCCAGAGGGACGGAAAGAGAGUGACGAGACCAUUAUACAAACCGAUGAAGAUGUUCCAGGCCAUGUUCCCAGUCAGUCGCUCAGAGCCACUCCAUUUGAAGACAGAAUCCUUCUUUACUGGAAGGAACCAACUGAACCAAAUGGGAUCAUCAUACAAUAUGAGAUCAGCUACAGCGGUCUGCGCUCAUAUGACCCUUCGGUGCCUCUUCAGCGGCCGGGUCUCCCUGUGUCCCUGCCCUCAAAUGCCACCCAUCAUCUGUUUUCCAUGCUCCACCCAGGGGUCACGUACCAGCUCUCCAUACGAGCAUCAACAUCUAAAGGGUUUGGACCUGCAACAACAAUCAAUGUGACUACUAAUAUCUCAGCUCCGACAAUAGAUGAGUACGAUGGGUCAGAGGCCUUCCUGAAUGAAACUGCAACAACAAUCACUGUCCUCCUCAAACCUGCACAAGCCAAGGGAGCUCCUAUAAGUGCGUACCAGAUUGUAGUCGAAGAAGUGAAUCCUCAGCGUACACGUCGUCAAGCUUCAUCAGACUGUUAUGAGGUCCCAGUUUCCUAUCACAGUGCAUCUAGCGGUGGAUCACCAUAUUAUUAUGCCGCCCAGCUGUCCCCAAGCAACCUGCCUGAGCCUCUCCCCUUCACUGUGGGAGACAACAAGACGUAUCAGGGUUUCUGGAAUCCUCCACUGGCACCAAGGAAGAACUACAACAUCUACCUACAAGCUGUGAGCAGCACAGAGAGGGAAACUAAGACUCAGUGUCUGAGGCUGGCUACUAAAGGAGCUACAGAGGAGCCAGAGGUCAUCCCUGACCCUGCCAAACAGACGGACCGGGUAGUGAAGAUUGCUGGGAUCAGUGCUGGUGUCCUUGUUUUCAUAUUGCUGGUGCUGGUAGCCAUCCUAUUGGUCAAGAAGAGGAGGACCUACUAUUCAUACUCUUAUUACCUGAAACUGGCUAAAAAACGUAAGGACGCAAUCGGGACGACACGGCAAGAAAUGACUCACAUGGUGAACGCCAUGGAUCGCAGCUAUGCCGACCAGAGCACCCUGCACGGAGAGGAUCCCAUGGCUGUGACUUUCAUGGACUCUCACAACUACAACAACAGAUUACCCAAUGAUCCUCUGGUUCCUACUGCUGUGUUAGUUCCAAUCACAGAUGAGAACCACAGUGCCUCUGCAGCAGAGAACAGCCGGCUCUUGGACGUUCCUCGGUAUCACUGUGAAGGAACUGAAUCUCCCUAUCAGACGGGACAGCUGCACCCGGCUAUCAGAGUGGCUGACCUUCUGCAGCACAUCAACCUCAUGAAGACCUCUGACAGCUACGGCUUCAAGGAGGAAUAUGAAUUGGUGAUACAGAGCUUCUUUGAGGGCCAGUCGGCCUCCUGGGAUGUGGCCAAGAAGGAGCAGAACCGCACCAAGAACCGCUAUGGGAACAUUAUAGCAUAUGACCAUUCAAGGGUUAUCCUUCAGCCCAUCGAAGACGACCCCUCCUCUGACUACAUCAACGCCAACUACAUCGAUGUAAGUGGAAACGCAUCGAAUGCUACUAUUGGCUCCCAACGAAACCAACGAAACCACACUCCCUCGCUCAUUUGGCUGUACAGGGAUGGCUACCAAAGACCAAGUCACUACAUUGCUACUCAAGGUCCUGUUCACGAGACGGUGUAUGACUUCUGGAGGAUGGUGUGGCAGGAACAGUCAGCCUGUAUUGUCAUGGUCACCAAUCUGGUGGAGGUUGGAAGGGUGAAGUGCUAUAAGUACUGGCCUGAUGAUGCAGAGGUGUACGGAGACUUCAAGGUGACCUUUGUGGAGGUUGAACCUCUCGCUGAGUAUGUGGUUCGCACAUUUACCCUGGAGAGGCGUGGUUUCAAUGAGGUGCGUGAAGUCAAGCAGUUCCACUUCACAGGCUGGCCUGAUCAUGGAGUUCCAUAUCACGCCACAGGACUGCUAUCCUUCAUCAGAAGAGUUAAAAUCUCCAAUCCACCCUCUGCUGGACCGAUAGUGGUUCACUGCAGUGCUGGAGCAGGGCGCACAGGCUGUUUCAUCGUCAUCGACAUCAUGUUGGACAUGGCGGAGAGAGAAGGCGUGGUUGACAUCUACAACUGUGUGAAAGCGCUUCGCUCCAGGAGGAUCAACAUGGUACAGACUGAGGAGCAGUAUAUAUUCAUCCAUGAUGCCAUACUAGAGGCUUGUCUAUGUGGAGAAACAGCCAUACCAGUGUGCGAGUUCAAAGCUGCUUUUUAUGAUCUGAUCCGCAUUGACUCGCAGACCAACUCGUCACAUCUGAAGGAUGAGUUCCAGACGUUAAACUCGGUGACUCCUCAGCCUCAGCCUGAAGACUGCAGCAUCGCGCUGUUGCCUAGAAACCAAGAUAAAAACCGCUUUAUGGACGGCCUUCCUCCUGAUAGAUGUCUACCUUUCCUCAUCACAAUAGACGGAGAAAGCAGCAACUACAUCAACGCUGCUUUGAUGGAUAGCUACAGACAGCCUGCUGCAUUCAUCGUUACCCAGCAUCCUUUGCCUAACACAGUCAAAGACUUUUGGCGUCUGGUUUACGACUAUGGAUGUACCAGUUUGGUGAUGCUUAAUGAGAUUGACCUGGCUCAGGGUUGUCCUCAGUACUGGCCCGAGGAGGGUAUGUUACGUUACGGUCCUGUCCAGGUUGAAUGUAUGUCCUGCUCCAUGGACUGUGAUGUCAUCAGUCGGCUCUUCAGAGUCUGCAACCUCACCAGGCCUCAGGAAGGCUACCUGAUGGUUCGUCAGUUCCAGUACUUGGGAUGGGCGGGGCACAGAGAAGUCCCUGCCUCCAAGCGCUCCUUCCUCAAACUGAUCCUGCAGGUGGACCAGUGGCAGCGUGAGGGCGAGGAGGGGGAGGGAAGAACCAUCGUUCACUGCCUAAACGGAGGUGGGCGUAGUGGAGUUUUCUGUGCCUGCAGCAUUGUGUGUGAGAUGGCGAAGAGGCAGAGUGUGGUUGACGUCUUCCAUGCUGUGAAGACGUUGAGGAACAGCAAACCCAACAUGGUGGACACUCCGGAGCAGUAUCGGUUCUGCUAUGACCUGGCCCUCGAGUUCAUCGAGUCCUCUUAAACAAGGGGCAGAAGAAGAGGAAGAGGAGGAGGAGGUGAAGAGGAGCAGAACAACUUUCCUCCACACGUUUGAUCCUUUGCUUCGCUUGCUCCCGACUCCCCUCUGUGCUGGCCGUUCUGUAGCACCUGUUUUGCGUCCCUACGAACGGCACAGACGGCUCCUUGUACAGCGCCGUUAAAAAUUCACACAAAGGGAAGAGCUCAGACUUUCAGCAGAUGGGAGAUUUACUGAGGGGAGGUGAUGCUACUCCUUUAACUCCUUUACGCUUAUUGUACAGCUUUUUCAGUGCCAGCGGGCCCCCUGUAUGUUUCAGGCCCUCAUUUAAAUGUUUCCCAUGGACUCGAUGCCUCAUGCUGUUUCAGCUGCAGUACUCAAUGUGCCCUGUAGAUGUCUCUCUUUCCUGGUGCAAGCUGCAACAGCUACAAGAUUUCUGUGGCCACACAUUCCUGCUCACAUGCUAAUUUGUCAUCAUGCUAACAUUUAAAUUCUGGACAUGAACUGAUCAUCAGUCUGUACUUUUAUACAUGAAACUUUAAAUUACAGCCUGGUCAGAUGCUGUGAAUGCUUCUGCUUUCUUCUCCACAGAUCAGCAGCUUCUUCAUUUUAUCUUCAUGUUUAUUUCAGUCAAAACAACAUUGAGUUCAGUACUUAUUAACACCCACUUUGAGGCCAUUUUUACUUAGAUUACACUCAGAGAACUGACAAUUACAGAAUCAAAACGUACAGAAAACAAACAAAAAAUAGUGUUCAAGAAUCAAGGCUGCCAAUGAACCAACAAAAGGGCGUUUACAUAGCGAGUAUUAGUCUUUUUUUAUCGUAUCAUGAAGUGGCAACUUGAAAAAAAGUGUAGGAUUUUCACCUAAAUGUAUAAAAAAGUGUGAUAUGUAUCAUUGUUUAUUGUUUAUUUUAGCUCACUGUAAGCUGCAGACUUGUUUUGUUGGAUUGUUUUUGUUUUGCAUCAUUUACUGAUCUACUGGAUAGAAGUUUUGAAGUCUUCUCUGUAGCCCCAAACUUGAACGUUUGUGUUCAACCUUGUGACAUUCAGUGUAACCAUGUCUGUGUUCAGGGCUGGGCCCAAUGCACUUUCAAUUCAGCCGAUUCAUAAAUGGGAGAUUUCAGCUCACAACUCAAAUAUGAACAGAUUUUUUGGGGUUGGAGAGGAGUUAUUAUUGCCUUUUAGAAAAGACUGAGAAUUAUGAAUACUCUUUGAUUUACAGUUUCCAUUUCUGCUUUGAAAAGAAGUGAACUGACCCCAGGACUCAUUGUUUUUGUGCACUGGUGGCCAACACUUUUCUACAGAAGCAUACUGCAUUUACAUGAAAAAAUGAAAUCAUGCUCUGCUUUUAUAAAUCAACGUAAUGAUUGUCUCAGAGUUAUAAGAUAAGUUUUUAUUUAAUUAAACUAUUGGCGCUGUUCUUCUGUAUCAGCAAGAUACCAGCUGGUGUGAAGGUAUAACUGGUGUUGAGUUAAGAUGGAGUUAGUGGUAGUUCCAGAUGUGAGUAAUGGCUGCCUUCAUCCAAACAAGGAAAAUCACUUUCUUAUUCAUUUAUCCUUUGUGUUUGGGGUGGGGGCUUUUGCUUUUACUGGACAGGAAAUGGAGAGAGAGAACAUAAUGAGUGAAACCUGAGUGAUGUCAACUGUUUGGUUACUGAAUCCAGCCCAUGGCAGCAGCCAUAUUGAAAUUGCUGUCUCAACCAAACUUUCAGCUUAGAAACAGACAAAUAAGGUGGAGCAGGGUCUUGAUUCUCCUGACAAACAGCUACAACACGCUGGAUAGCCAUCAUAUUAGCCGUCAAAGGCAAUGUUAAAAUCUAAACUUGCCUGUGCAGUUUUUUCUUAAUGUUAUGUUUGGCUGAACAGGAGAUAGUUACAUUAGGAAAUGAUCUACAAAAUUAAAGACUGAAUAUAUCUAACACAGGACUGUCCGAACUUUCUCACUGAGAGCCACAUACAGAAAAAUAAUAGGCUAAAUGGAUUGUUUUGAUAUACCUCACCUGUAGAGUAUUGAAGUUAGUUAAAAUUAAUGUAAAAACGUGACUCAUUUUUUAUUUUUAUUUAGCCUUUAUUUAACCAGGAUUUAUUCCCAUUGAGAUACAAUAAUCUCUUUUACAAGGGAGUCCUGGCCAAGACAGCAGCAUAAGUUUCACACACAGGACAUUAAACAGGACAUAGAACAAAGGUUACAUCAAUCGACAAAUUCAUCAGCUGGAGUUUGAAGUAACUUGUGUUCAGCUGUACCCGUUAACACUAGAUCCACUAUCAGGUAAAAUGAGACUUCAAUUAAGUCUAACUUCAUAUUGAUAAAAUUUUUAAGUCUGACUCCUCUCUGACUCUUCCUAAAUGUUUGGUCUGUUGUGCCUAGUGUCAUAAAAAUGGUUUGCAUGAGUCCACAUUUUUUAAAUGGACUUUUAUUCAUAGAGCGGCCAUACAGGUCAAAUUUACCCAUGAGAAACUAGUGAUUUUCCCCUUUGUUUUAUUUCAAACCAGAAGAUAAACAAUAGAUGUUGCCACCUCCUCUCUAUUGCUGCACUGCAUAAUCAGAAGUCAUAGAUCAACCUUCCUCAUAGACACCACAGGCAAAAAAAGAUGUCUCUAGAUUUGCACAUUGAUUUCACCAAAAAGAAUCUGAUGUUUGGGAAGUUUCAGGACUAUUUUGGAUGUGAUGGAUCAUCAUCCACCAGUGAUCUAGGUCUCUUUCUGAGGUUGAUGAGCUGUUUAUUGUCUGUGGUUAAAUAAUUGCUUUUGAUCAGUGCUAUUAAUGAAAAUCAUUGCACUCUAAUAAUGGGUCAAAUUAACCCACUGGCUGUUAGAGGUAUAACAAAGCCUCGGUGGUUCUUGUGUUAAAGUUGCAAAAAGCCCUGAACCUGUUUUGUAACUUAAAACUGUUACCAAACAUCUCCAAGAGAAGCUCUGAACUUUAUACUUUUUCCUUGCGCAUGUUUAAUCUGUUAACUCACACAGCCAUGCUCAUGUUACCAUCUGAUCGUGUGCCCACAUACCAGUUAAACCAUGACACCAGCUGGUGUCUCACUGAUUCAGGAAAAGAGCAUUAUUUCCAACAUGUUCAUAAAAAACAUAAGUGGUCAUACAGAGAAAUUUGUCUUAAUUCAGAAAAAAGGGCAGACUUUUAUGUUGUCAUGUGAACACAGCACGCUUCUGUACUUCUUCCUUUGUUUUCUUCUUUUUUUUUAAUAUUAUUUUGUAGCCGAUGUUUAUUCAUAAGCCAAAGACUUUGUGUAAAUAUGUCUAUAUGGAUAAAGCACAUUGUUUGUAUUUAUUGUUUGUUUACUUGCAUUGCUUGUAAGAACAAUCAUUCUUUCAUUCCAUGUUUACUCCACCACCAGCGUUUCUUAAACUGCGGGUCGGGGACGCAAAAUGGGCCGCAGUGCUGAAUAUAAGAAUGAUGUAAUGAGCCCAUAAUGGGUGCUGCGGCAGCGGCGGUGGCGGGUGCUCUUUUUGUGUCCAUGAAGAAGAGUUUAAGAAGCCCUGCUAGAAGCUGUAUAUUGAAGCGUAAGAAGUAGUUUUCAGUAUUUAGGUGCAGUAGUAUUGUCUUGUUUUCACUUUAUGAAACUCUCUGUGAUGUUGCUGUGGUUUCUUUGUGUAACAGCCCCAUCGCUCUGUUUGUGGUCAGUAGUAACAUCAGUGCUUUAAAAGCACCAGAGUCUUUUUUGGAUAAUAGCUCCUGUCCCUUUUAGUUUGGGGGAACGCUGUUUAUCUCCAUCCUCGUAUCCUGCUCACCAUUAUCCCUGAAAACACACACAUGGACUCAGUGAUGCAAAUAGGCCUAGUGAGUGAAAAGCAGGACUGUGAGACAUUAAAACAAACAUUUAUUGUGCCUAAUCAUUUGAAUUUCCUCAAGCAUUUUAACAGCAUUUUAGACGGCAAACCAGGGCUUUGUUGAACGCGUUCUCAUGGACGAUCAAUGUUUUUAAAACCAUGAUUCAGUGUGUUUUAUGAAUCCGAAUGCUUCAUGAAUUCUCUACGAGGCUUCACCGGAUACUAUUUGUGUUUCUGUUGUGCACAAACAGUUUCAGAAAAGAAAUAUUGUAAAUAAAAUGUCAGAGGUUUCACACAGUUGGAACAAGAGUAGCGCAGGUCUACUGUUAUGGAUGUUAUUGUAAAUAGACUAUCAUGAGUGCUCUAUUGUUGGAUGAACAGUAGAGAUGUAGAUGAUGGAUGCAAUGUCAGAACUUUAGUUCUGUUGUAGAUACAAAAAAAAGUCAAGAGAUUGUACUAGAGGAGGAUUCAACUUCACAUUUUGACAGAUAUUCUUUAAAAAUCUUUAGUUUCCACUGAAGACAGAAGUAUAUUCUGUCAGUGGAGCAGCAGUCUUCAGUUUUUCCUUCAGAUUUCUGGUCUAACGCAAAGAAAGGAUGAAAAUUCAGAAACUACAAAAUGAUGAUGGCCUUCUCUAUAGCAUGCAGAGACUGAAGUGAAGAUAGAAACACAUAAAACAUGAGUAAAGGGUAACGCUAAGGAGUUAAUCAUGCCAAGAUACCCAUAAUUCCUCCCUGUUAAACCUGAAUUAAUGGCCCUGAGGAGUCAGAAUGAAGCAAAUGCCCUGAUGAGAGGCCAGUCUGAGUAUACAAGCGAUAUUCAUGGUUCAUAAUUAUUCUUGUCUGUAAUGUUUGGCUUCUUUGCUGUAAUAAAGACCACUUCUUUGAUUAAA